AUGUCCGCUGCCACCGAUAUCCCGGAAAAUGUCCUCUUCACGACGCUCCCUCAGGAGCUGACAGAAGUGGACUACAUUGUCGUUGGUGGGGGCACGGCCGGUUCCAUUGUUGCAUCCAGGCUAUCGGAUGCGCAUCAGGAUGCCAGUGUACUGGUUAUCGAGGCCGGGCCAGAGAGCUUCAAUACUCCAUCUGUUAUGUACCCUGCGCUUUUCAGAUCGAAUCUCUCUCCCGCUAGCCCCUUGUUGAAGUUCAGCGUCGCGGCUCCUGCGCCUGAGUUGGCGAACCGGUCCCUGGCAAUUGCCUCGGGGAAAACCCUCGGCGGCGGGUCGGCUGUGAAUUUCAUGAUGUAUGCUCGCGGCCAGCGUGCUGAUUUUGAUAGCUGGGGGGUCGCGGGAUGGUCAGCCAAGGAACUUCUACCUUUCUUUGAGAAGGCUGAGACUUUUUACGGACCUGACCCGAGCUCUACACAUGGACACAAUGGUCCGAUUGCUGUGUCAAGUGGCAGAUAUCUGGGACCUACUCUCUCGAAGGAUUAUAUCAGUGCUUGCAGCAAGAUUGGAUAUCGGACUGCCUUCGAUGUUCAAGACCUGGCCACCGGCAAUGCAGCCGGAGCGACGUAUCGUACAGUUUCCCCAACUACUGGCAGAAGACAAGACACGGGCUAUACAUUCUUGUACCCGCGGCUGCGCUUCUCCAAGUGCAGGAAGUUGUCUGUUUUGGUUCAAACACAGGUUCUCCGAGUGCUUUUCGAUGAAACCAAACGCGCCACGGGGGUAGAAAUACAGGGAAGUGGAACAACGCCUCAAACUAUCCGAGCCAAGAAGCUCGUGGUCCUCUCAGCGGGUGCACUGGGUACCCCUCAGAUACUUGAGAGAUCGGGCGUCGGCGAUCCCAAGAUUCUGGAGAAGGCGGGAGUUCCUGUUGUUUCAGCCCUGCCCGGCGUUGGCGUCAACUAUCAAGACCACCAAAUGAUCACGCCGGUUUACAAGGCAGACCUCACUGCAAAGGAAAACGUGGACAGCGUCGCCAAGGGAAUCUUCAAUUCUACGGAGCUCAUUGAGCAAAAUGCCCCAAUUCUGAGCUGGAACGGAGUUGAUGCCUCCGCAAAGCUUAGGCCGACGCAAGCAGAGAUAAAUGCAUUCAAACCUGCCCUUCGCAAAGUUUGGGAUGAGCAUUUUGCCAAGGACCCCAGCAAGCCCCUUGCCGUCAUGGCAUCUUUUGCAGGGGCUUUAGACUCGUCGGCAACAUAUCCAGCAACCGAGAGAUACUUCACGCUGCCGAUUUAUUCCGCCUAUCCGCGAUCCCGUGGUCAUGUUCACAUCACAGGUCCCGCACUGAGUGAUCCACUCGACUUCAAAACGGGUAUCCUUGCCGAUGCCGAAGGAUCGGAUAUUCAGCUCCUGACAUGGAUAUGGAAGAAGCAGCGCCAAAUUGCGAAGCGAAUGACGUGCCAGCGCGGCCAAGCCUCCCCCGGCCCCCAGUUUCCGGCGGACUCCUUGGCAACAAGCGACCUUGCAUUAGAUUCGGCCAAGGAUGAUCCGAUCUACUCUUCCGCUGAUGAUGAGGCCAUUGAAGCGUGGUUGAGGAAGGUGGUCAGCACUCCGUUUCACUCUGUUGGCACGUGCAAGAUGGCUGCACAAGCAAAGCUCGGCGUUGUAGAUGGCCAACUGAACGUCUACGGCGUUUCGGGCUUGAAGAUUGCGGAUCUAAGCAUAGCCCCUGGAAUUACCUCUGGAAACACAAUGAACGCGGCCGUUGUAGUGGGCGAAAAGGCAGCGGAUAUUAUUAAUAAGGGAGCCUAG